CCUCUCGUUUGUAAACUUUCUUAUGUUCUUCUUAUGUUCUUAAUACACCCUGAUAAACUGGUACACUGAUAUCAAUAUGAAUUACUUGUAUAUUUGUAAUACAUUUUGAUAAUGUAUUGCAAGAAGUAUUUUUUUUCUCGGUCAGGGGCAGCGGCUGUGUAAAUGUUUCUGGAAACAUUCGUCACAACACUGUACUUGGACUCAUUACAAUGUCCUGCUUUGGUUAUGAGGAGGAACUAGCACCUGAGUGGGAGGAGCCCGUGCAUCCAGCGCCCAGACGGGGGGACCACGAGCGUCCAACGCCCAGACGGGGGGACCGCGGGAAUCCAAAGCCUGAGAGACAGCUGUUCCCACCUCCACCAGCAGAGCAAGAAUGCCUGCUGUUCCCACCUCCACCAGCAGAGGGAGAAUGCCUGCUGUCCCCAUCUCCACCAGCAGAGGGAGAAUGCCUGCUGUCCCCAUCUCCACCAGCAGAGGGAAAAUGCCUGCUGUCCCCAUCUCCACCAGCAGAGGAAGAAUGCCUGCUGGUUUCCCUAUCACAACCAGGAGAGGAAGAAUGCCUGCUGGUUUCCCCAUCACAACCAGCAGAGGACGAAUGCCUGCUGGUUUCCCCAUCACAACCAGCAGAGGAAGAAUGCCUGCAGGUUUCCCCAUCACAACCAGCAGAGGACGAAUGUCUGCUGGUUUCCCCAUCACAACCAGCAGAGGAAGAAUGCCUGCAGGUUUCCCCAUCACAACCAGCAGAGGACGAAUGCCUGCAGGUUACCCCAUCACAACCAGCAGAGGAAGAAUGCCUGCUGGUUUCCCCUUCCGAGGGAGAGCCACACCAGUCCCCUGCAAUAGGGGGAGCGCCGCAUCAGUCCCCUGCAAUAAGGGGAGCGCCGCACCAGUCCCCUGCAAUAGGGGGAGAGCCGCACCAGUCCCCUGCAAUAGGGGGAGACUACACGCUGCUCCCACCUUCGUCGCCAGGAGACUACACGCUGCUCCCACCUUCGUCGCCAGGAGACUACACGCUGCUCCCACCUUCACCGGCAGGAGCAGAGCAGCUGGGAGCUGCCUCUACCUCCGCCACUUCCACCAGCAGAGGGUCAAUGCCUGCUGGGUCCACUUCCACCAGCAGAGGGUCAAUGCCUGCUGGUAUCACUUCCCCGACCGCCAUCUUCACCCCCAAGAGGAGAGGAGCAGGAGUUACCUCUGCCUCCAUCACCACCAGGGGAAGAGGUGCAGGAGCUGCCUCUCCCUUCACAAACAGUAGCAGGACUUGCUGCUGGCAUUCCUCAGCAACCACUACAUAGUCUGCUGAGGGGAGCACAGCAGAAAACAGCCCGGCUGCAGCGGCUACGAAGAGGGCCAGCACCGCCGCAGCCACUGCUACAGUGGCCAACCACAGCACCACGACUGGUCCUGACUCCGGCACCGCCCAAGGAUGCCAGCCUCGCUUCGCCCAAGGAUGCCAGCCUCGCUUCGCCCAAGGAUGCCUGCCUUGCAUCGCCUGGGGCUGCCUGUUGCUCCGCAUCACAGCAGGAAGUACUGUGGCCGGAACCCCACCAAGGGGAGCUGCCGGCCACGAAGAAGGGGGAGGAGGUCUGGAGACCACCAACCCCAGCAGCAGUUUCGUUGCCGGAGAUCGUGGGGGAGGUCAGGAGACCUGCUCCCACUGCAGCACGUGCGCUGC